UUCUCUCUCUCUUACCACUCUCUAGCGAGUCGGCAGGUUGUUUCAAUCGCCGCAGUAGUCAGCUGAAAUAAAACUUAAUCUCAUAAUUGUUCAAGCUUUGCAAAUCGCCGAGCGUAACACAUUGACAACGAUGAGCGGCAUUUCUAUGUUCAGAACACUUUUUAUUGGCGCGAGGCAGCUGAAGCACCCGGCGCUCGUGAAGCGUGGAUUUGCCACAGCGGCAUACGAGAACAUUCUUGUGGAGAAGAAAGGUGCCCAGCAGAAUGUCGCCCUGGUUACACUCAACCGGCCAAAGGCCCUCAAUGCCCUGUCGAGCGCCCUCAUGACCGAGGUCGGCCAGGCGAUAGAUGAGCUCAACAAGGAUGAAUCCGUGGGCUGCAUUGUCAUAACUGGCAGUGAGAAGGCAUUUGCUGCCGGCGCGGACAUCAAGGAGAUGCAGAACCUGACAUUUGCCAAGUGCUUCACGGGCAGCUUCCUGAGCCACUGGGAAAAAGUGGCGCAGUCCAUCAAGCCAGUAAUCGCAGCUGUGAAUGGCUAUGCGUUGGGUGGUGGCUGUGAACUUGCAAUGAUGUGUGACAUCAUCUAUGCUGGUGAGAAUGCAAAGUUUGGGCAACCUGAAAUCAUCCUUGGGACCCUGCCAGGUGCCGGUGGUACCCAGCGCCUGACCAGGGCCAUUGGCAAGUCGCGGGCCAUGGAAAUGACGCUCACUGGGAACCAAAUCACGGCUGCUGAGGCUGAGCGAUACGGUCUGGUGAGCAAGGUGUUCCCACCCGGUCAGCUGGUGGACGAGGCCAUCAAGCUUGCCGAGAAGAUCGCCAGCUAUUCCCAGGUGUCUGUUGCACUCUGCAAGGACAGCGUCAACCAUGCCUUUGAGACAACACUCCAGGAAGGCCUACGUGUUGAAAAGCGUCUUUUCCACGCCUCCUUUGCUCUGGAUGACCGGAAAGAAGGCAUGACUGCUUUUGUUGAGAAGCGGCCACCGAAGUACACGAACAACUAGGUGUCUGUUGUGCAGCUGUGAAACAUCCUUGCAAACCUUCCCUACGUGCAUUUUCUUGAAUUUAGGUGACUCAAUAAACAUAUAUAUUUUGUGCAUA